CUUUUUUCUUCUUCUUCGUCCCUUCGUUUUAUAGCGAGAACAACGCUUUAGAGACUCAAGAAAAUCCCAUUUUUGCAGCUGUAAUCUAUCACUAACUUUCCAAAGGUGAUCUUCAGUAGCCAUGGCCCGUACCAAGCAGACCGCCCGUAAGUCCACUGGAGGCAAAGCCCCACGUAAGCAGCUGGCCACAAAGGCUGCUCGUAAGAGCGCCCCGUCCACUGGUGGUGUCAAGAAGCCCCAUCGUUACAGGCCCGGUACCGUGGCUCUGCGUGAGAUCCGUCGUUAUCAGAAGUCCACCGAGCUGCUGAUCCGCAAGCUGCCCUUCCAGCGCCUGGUGAGAGAAAUCGCCCAGGACUUCAAGACUGAUCUGCGUUUCCAGAGUGCAGCCAUCGGAGCUCUGCAGGAGGCCAGCGAGGCCUACCUGGUGGGUCUGUUUGAGGACACCAACUUGUGCGCCAUCCACGCCAAGCGUGUCACCAUCAUGCCCAAAGACAUCCAGCUGGCUCGUCGUAUCCGUGGGGAGCGCGCUUAAAAUCUUUUCUGAUGUUAUAUGCUGUCCUUUUGUCGCGUCACCACUCUUUUCAUCCCUGUCUCCCCCCCUCUAUACUUAGUAGCUUGGUUUGAGGUGCUUAAAUAUAUAUCGUAUGAUUGUAAUAACCGUAAUGUGUGAUCAUGUCUUCUUUGGUGCUACCAGUAGCAGAGUUUCUUUAGAGAUACCUUCAUGUACGUCUGAACUUUGAAACACUCCUCACUUCUUACUAGCUAGCUCACAGGUAUACUUGUUAUCUUCAUGUAUAAGGUGUUUUUGCAAGCCAAGAAUAGUGUGUGAUUUGAGAUAAGCAUAGGAAAUUGCAUUAAGGUUAAGACAUUUUCAUCAUUAGACGGACAUUAACAUUGAUAUAAAUGGUCUUUUGAUUUUCAUUUUGAAUAGAGAUUUGUUGUAAAAGUAGUGAUUUUUCCCUUUUUUUUUUUACAACAAUGGUGUAUUUCUACUGUUAGUGUUAAAUGUAUGAAAAUACAAAGGUUUGAUUCUGGUUGUCAAUUAGAAACGUCAUUGUGCUAUGAUGACACUGCAUUUUUUGGGCAGAAUCAGCGGCGUAUAUGUAGCAGACCUAUGGUGAUCAUAUUUUUGAUUUUCAGCCACGUUAUGAUGUCCAGGUAAUGUUUUGACUUUUGGUUUCUUCUCUCAGGUUGAUAUGAUAACCUUUUUUUUUUUCUACUGUGUUUUUGAUUUAUGUUUUCAGUCAUUUUUAAAAGCAAAAUAUUUGUACUCGAAAUUCACAAACAUAAUAAACGGAUACUUGUGAUUAAAUAAGCCGUAUGUGUG